AUGCAAAAUUUCAUAUUGACUUAAUAUAUGAGUCAGGAUUUAACAGGUAAUAAGAGCUGAAUUCAAUAGACAAAUAGAUUCUUAUGCUUAAUUUUCUUAAUACUUCUCUGAAGAUGUUAUGAACAAUGUCCUUAUAGAUGAUUCUGACAAAAUCAAAGAUUUGACUGAUCGACUUAAAGAUUCUUUGAAGAGUAAAACCAAUAAUACCAUUCUACUUUAUGGCUAAGAAGGAUUUGGUAGGAAAUCUGCAAUUAGAAAAGCUAUUGACAAUUGUGAAUAAGAUUUGUAGAUGAAAUCUAAGAAAAUCAUAAAAAUAUUUGUUAAUGCAUAUGUAUUUAAAUUUAAAACAUAAUAGCUCCAUAAAUCUGAGGGUAAUAUUCUAUCUGCCAUUAAUAAUCAAUUAUUAUAAACAGCAUAAAUCAAAUCCAAAAUUAACAAGCUCUCUGUUGAUGAAUUGAUGAAACAUUUCAAAUAAUAUGAAAAUUCUUUUCAUGGCAUAGUGCUUGUAAUUGAAAGAGUUGAAAUUUUAGCAACUGUUAAAAAAUAAUUCUUUUUAUAUUCAAUACUUGAAUGGAUAAGAGAAUCAAAAUAUCCAAUUAUUUUUGUUGGAAUUACUUCAGAUUUAUUAUUUUAAGAAAAAUUAGAAAAAAGAGUCAAAAGUAGAUUUUAAAAUAUUCCUUAUUUUUUUAUGGAAUUAGAUUUCUAAUUUGUUUAAAAGGUAUUAUUAACUAGACUUGAAUAAAUUGAUAGAAAUUAAGUUAUUAACAUAUACGAAAAUUAUAUUUUAUCAAAAUCAUUUGAGGAAUAUUUUGCUAAAUUAUAAUCUUUAUAAGUAUCAAUUAGUAAACUUAUUUAUUUAUUUCGAUCAUCCUUUUUUUUGGCAGGAUCUCGUUUUAAUAGACCUGAUAAAAAAAUGAUUGAUUCAUUUAAAUUUGAAAGGAAUGUAUAAGCAGAACCAAUUAGUCUUUAAGAGUUAAUGUAAUAAAGUUUAAAAUGGAUAUACCCAAAUGUUAAAUUAGAAAAUGGAAAACGUAUAAAUUAUUUAUAUUGAUAAUUUUAGUUCUAUCUUAACCAGAGUAUGUAAUUUUAUUCUCCUUCUAUAAUUUGAUAAUGCAUUAAAAGCCAUAAAUUAUGUUUGAUGAUAUAAUUUAGCAUUCAAAAAAGACUAUGUAAACAUAUAAAUUACAACAUCACAAAACAGCAAGUGAAUUUACACCUUUAGUAUUGAAUAAAGCAUUAGAUAAUUUAAUUAAAUAGAAAUUCAUAUCCCUUCAAUAAUAAAGUAAGAAUUUAGAAAAUAAUUAAAUUAUCUUAUGUAUGUCCAUAGAUGACUUAAAAAACUUAUUUGAAAAUAUUAGAUAUGAUUUACCUGAUUUUAUGAGUUAUUUAUAUAAUUUUAAUUUUUGA